AGUAAAUUGCGGAGAGAGAUGAAGUUCGAGGGUGUCGAGUUCGGUUGGCUUUAUUACACCCUCAGUCGAUCCGAUUCUUUCUCUACACGGGACAAAUUGUUGGAUACCUUGCUAUCGUCAUGUUAUUGUCUUCAGUUCGUUCCUUCCGUUCCAGAGGCCUUUCUGUGGCUUCUCGGGCCUUUAGCACAACUCCCCUCACUCGAGCGGCCGAGGUCAAGUCACUAGGCGUGAUUGGGGCAGGUCAAAUGGGAUUGGGUAUCGCACUCGUUGCCGCCCAGAAAGCGCAAGUCCCAGUGACAUUAAUUGACACCUCCCCUGCUUCUCUAGAUAAGGGUCUCAAGUUUGCUGACAAGCUCUUAGCCAAAGACGUUGCCAAGGAGCGACUCACCCGGGAGGCCGCCGACGCGGCCCGCGCCCGCAUUACCCCGAGUCAGAAGAUGGACGACUUGUCCGCGGUCGACUUCGUCAUCGAAGCCGUGCCCGAGAUCGUGGACUUGAAGACGUCCAUCUUCGCCCAGCUGGCGCAGAUCGCGCCCAAGCACGCCAUCCUGGCCACCAACACCUCGUCCAUCUCCAUCACCAAGAUUGCCGCGGCGACGACGACGGACCCUACGGACCUUCAGGCGCCGUCGCGCGUCAUCUCAACACACUUCAUGAACCCAGUGCCUGUGCAAAAGGGUGUGGAGAUCAUCGCCGGCCUGCAGACCUCCCGCGAGACGCUCGAUACGGCCGUCGCCUUCGUCCAGCGCAUGGGUAAGAUCUCCUCCGUGUCCGCGGACUCGCCCGGCUUCCUGGCGAACCGGAUCCUCAUGCCGUACAUCAAUGAGGCGAUUAUCUGUCUCGAGACUGGGGUCGGCGGGAAGGAGGAUAUUGACAGUAUCAUGACGAAUGGCACGAAUGUGCCAAUGGGUCCGUUGACGCUGGCCGAUUUCAUUGGCCUGGAUACCUGUCUGGCGAUCAUGAAUGUCCUGCAUCAGGAGACCGGCGAUAGUAAAUACCGGCCCUCUGGGCUGCUGAAGCGUAUGGUCGAUGCUGGCUGGUUGGGGAAGAAGUCUGGGAAGGGCUUUUAUGACUACUGACAGAGGCUGAGCGCGUAACGCAUCUCAAUACUCUUUCAUAUCUUUCUUGGUUAGGAUAUCAUCAACGCAGACUGGAGAUUUAGCGUCCAUUUAUGGUCAUAAUGGAAGCUUUAGUCCUUAUUACCAUCAAAAAGCCUACCUUAACCCCGAGAGGUAUACUCCUUUACAUUUUGUCAUUCUGUCAUAGCAUCUGGGUG